CCCGUCCGCCCGCCCGUCCCGCCCGCGGUUCCUCGGGCUCGGUCCGGUCCCGCGCCGCCUUCCCGCCAGCCAUGAGCUCCACGCAGUUCAACAAGGGGCCGUCGUACGGGCUCUCGGCCGAGGUCAAGAACCGGCUCCUGUCCAAGUAUGAUCCCCACAAGGAGGCUGAGCUCCGCAGCUGGAUCGAGGGACUCACAGGCCUGUCCAUUGGCCCCGACUUCCAGAAGGGUCUGAAGGAUGGGGUUAUCUUAUGCACACUCAUGAACAAGCUGCAGCCAGGCUCUGUCCCCAAGAUCAACCGCUCCAUGCAGAACUGGCACCAGCUAGAAAACCUCUCCAACUUCAUCAAAGCCAUGGUCAGCUAUGGCAUGAACCCUGUGGACCUGUUUGAGGCCAACGACCUGUUCGAGAGUGGGAACAUGACGCAGGUGCAGGUGUCUCUUCUUGCGCUGGCAGGCAAGGCCAAGACAAAGGGGUUGCACAGUGGUGUGGACAUUGGAGUAAAGUAUUCAGAGAAACAGCAGCGGAACUUUGAUGACGCCACCAUGAAGGCUGGCCAGUGUGUCAUUGGGCUGCAGAUGGGCACCAACAAAUGUGCCAGCCAAUCUGGCAUGACGGCCUAUGGGACCAGGCGGCAUCUCUAUGACCCCAAGAACCACAUCCUGCCACCUAUGGACCACUCCACCAUCAGCCUCCAGAUGGGAACAAACAAGUGUGCCAGCCAGGUGGGCAUGACUGCUCCAGGGACCCGGAGGCACAUCUAUGACACCAAGCUGGGGACCGACAAGUGUGACAACUCCUCCAUGUCCCUGCAGAUGGGCUACACACAGGGAGCCAACCAGAGUGGCCAGGUCUUUGGCCUGGGGCGGCAGAUAUAUGACCCCAAGUAUUGCCCACAAGGCCCAACCGACGGGGCUCCACUGGGUGCCACCGACUGCCCUGGGGAGGGCUCAGAGUAUCCCUCCUAUUACCAGGAGGAGGCCGGCUACUGAAGCCCCAGGGGUGCCGACUCCCUACCUCAGCACCCCAUUUGGAUUCGUGGGUUUUGUCUUUUUUUUUUUUUUUUUAAAACAAUCAUGU